UAAUUAAUUUCAGUAUAUAUCUCCUACUCCCCCGUCAAGAUUCGCCGAUCGUCUCCCUUUGUCACCGUUUCUUGUCCCGUCGCGCCCUCAAGUCUCGAACUUUCAGCUGCCCGAUAAUUGCAGGGAAGCGCGUAUAACAACAGAUCGAAAAGCUUUGAUUGCGAAUCCAAGAAAGUAGAGGGCUGGGCCUGGAUUCUGUUUCGUCCCUAGAGCCAUGAACGCGAGAAGGGAAAUGCGCAACAACAGGGUUGCUCUCUUCGAUGGCAUCGAGGAGGGUGGCGUUAGGGCUUCAUCUUCAUUCUCCUCCCAUGAAAUUGAGGAGCAUGAUAAUGAAGCAGCAUUGGAAGGUUUGCAAGACAGAGUCCUCCUAUUGAAAAGGUUGACAGGGGACAUAAAUGAGGAGGUGGAGAGUCAUAACCGGAUGCUGGAUAGGAUGGGUAAUGAUAUGGAUUCAUCAAGAGGAGUGUUGUCGGGCACUAUGGAUCGAUUCAAGACGGUAUUCGAUCCCAAGUCAAGCCCGAAGAUGUUCUCACUAGUCGCACUUUUCGUGGCAAUUUUCUUCAUCGUGUACUAUCUCACAAGAUAAUCAUCCCGUUUUGAUGACAAACUCAAGCUUCGCCUCAGAAUGGAAAGAUGAUGAUCUGGUCCCUGUGGGUGCUUAGUUGUUCUACCAGUAUUACAUGUAAUUUUGGCAUAGAUGUUCUGUUAAUGUGUGUGUGAAUAUAUGUUUCUUUGUACCAAAUUAAAGUUGACUGAGUUUCUCCAUUAAGCUGACAAGACAUUGAUGGAAUAUAAAUCAGCAAACCAGUUUGUUACUUUUGGGACU